GUUGAUUUCUUUGAUUCAACUAUGGAGGAAUCAGGAUCAACACCAGCUUCCGUUAACUCAAAUGCAUUGUUGCCACCACUACAUCCUCCUCCAAGAUCUUCUAACGCCUCUACUGAAGUUAGUUCAGUUGCAAAAGUACCAACUGCUGGUGAAGCUCCAUCUGCACCAGCUGCCAAUGUUUCCGAUGCUGGUACCAUCACUGUCACUGCACCAGCUUCUAAGAAGCGGAAGAAAACUUCAUGGGUUUGGGAUCACGUUGAUCUGGACCCUCCUCCUUCGAUAAUGGUAACUUGCAAGAAAUGUAAACAGAGAAUGAAAGCUGACUCUUCUACACAUGGGACCGGCUCCUUGAAUAACCAUUUAAGAAAGUGUCUGAAUCUUAUUCCUAAGGAUUCUGGUCAGUCGACUCUUUCUUUUGAACCUGCUAGGCUGGGAGAAGAUGAAAGUUAG